AUGAACAACAAAGAAGUAAAUAUAAAUAAUCUAUUUAAAAGUUUAUUACAAAGUAGUUAUAUCAGAAAAAAGAUAUUCAAUCAUGUAGAGAUCAUACAUCAGAGUAUCAAUGAUAGUUACAAGAAUCAUCACAUACGAUCACUCAAAUCAAAUCAGAUAGUUACACUAUGUGAAUGCAUCAAAGUAUAUAGAAAUGAUCUAUUCAUUAAACACUUUGAUAGUGUAUAUCAAUCAGUUUCUAAAGAUCAACACAACUAUCAUUUACUAGAUGAAAAUGAAGAUGUUGAUGAUGAAGAUACUAAUAAUGAUCACAAUUCAUUUGUUGGUAUUCUUACAAGACACGUAGUCUUGAAUGGUGAUUUGGAGAUGUUUGAUAGAAUUUGUAAAGAUCAUCUGGAUGAUAUCAGUAACAAAUGUGGUUUUUAUAGUCAAUGGGAAUCAUUUGGAAAUUUAAUCAACAAAUUAACUACUCAACAACAACAUUCAACAAAUAAUAAUGAAAAUAAUAGUAAUGAAUCAAAAUAUGAAAUAAUAUUUGAAAUGGUAUCAAAGUUGAUACUAUUUGGUUGUUUAGAUUUAAGAUCAAACUUAUUUAUUGGUGCAUUGGAAUGUGAUAAUAAUCAAGAGAUUAUAAAAUGGAUCAGAGAUAGUUUUGAUGAUUCAAAAGAAGGUUUUAAAAAACUAUGUCAAGAAUCUAAUGUUUUUCAAUCAAUUGAAAGAUAUGCAACAACCAGUACACUUGAAUUAAUAGAUUUCAAACUACAACUACUUAAUUCACCAAUAUUAUUGUCAAAUAGAGCAUCUCUACAUGGAAACUUGGAUUUUCUAACAUACAUGUAUGACAUUAAAGAAUUCAAACCUCUAUUUCAACAUGAUAGCUGUGCACAACUCCAGGUCUCAUUGCUAGGAGGACAUUUGGAAUGUGCCAACUUUUUAAUCACGGUUACCAAACAAGGUGGUGUACCACUACUAUAUAGAAUGAUAGAUCCAUUAAUCAUGUCACUGGAUCUUGUCAAACGGUUGGUUGAUAGUCAAUGUAAAAUUACUGAUUUUGAUGGAUUGAUUGAAUCGGCUAUUAAAUUAAAUCAACCUGAAACUUUGGAGUUUAUCUUGUUGCAACGCGUUACAGACACACAUGCAAUUUACAAAAAGUUUGUGACCAUGUCUCUUGGAGUGAAUAACCCAAUCAUCACUGAAAUGUUGUUGGACAAGUUCUUCUCUUCCUCGGAGGGUCGACCACCUCAAACAUUUAUAGUAGAUUAUAAUGACGACAAUAUAUGUUAUGGUCCGCUACUUUUACUUUUCAACAAAGGUCACACUAUUGAAAUAUCUCCAUUCAAUUCUCUAACCAAUGUUAGAACCAAAAGAUAUCAAAUUCCAACCUCACCACAAACCAUUCAAUUAUUAAUCGAUCGUCUAUCGAUUGAAAGUGGAAAUAUUCAACCUUGGGUAAUCCUUUCAUCGGUAAAACAUCCAGACUUUAAAAACACAAAGCUGUUGCGUGAUACAAUAUCAGUCAUCAAUCAACACCACCGACAAGAUUUAGGUUUAUUCAAACGUAUACUGCGAUAUGACAUAUUACCAGAAUUAUGCAAGAAAGGUUUGGUUCAAGUGGUAGAGUGUUUUGAAAGUAUUGAAGGCUUGUUUUUGGAAUGUGGAGUUAGACUUUUUGGAACAGCAUUACAACACAAACAUAUUCAACUGGCACUAUUCAUUGGUCAAAUGAUCGCCACCCAAUUCAAAAAAAUGGAUGAUCUCAAACCACAAAUCUUGGCCUCAUUCUACUUUAUAGAUAAUGAUCAAGACUUUGAAAUGAUGUGGGAUGUAAUACAACCUUGGACUAGUCCCUCUUUAUUUGUAACAAAGGCUAUUUCAUCAAGUGCCAAUUUCGCAUUUUCACAAAGACACCGAGUCACCAACACAAUCGAUAGAAUCAUCAAACACUAUACUCGAUAUUAUAAUGGUCCAGAGAAAGAUCAAUAUAAUAUGACACCACUUGCUCUCAACAACGAGUUGGAAAUUGAUCCACUGAAUAUCCAUCAUCUAUUUAAUUAUUACAGAGAUUGUCCAGUCAUUGAUUUCACUGAUUUCAAUAUAGAUCAAUAUUACAUUCAAACUGAUGGUAUAAUCCCAUUCACAAAGAAAUAA